CUGAGGCGGCCUGUCGGUCAAUUCCUGACGAAGGAGGGGAGGGGGCUGCCCUGCUCGGUUCGGGGCUUGGCAGCAGUUUGGGUUGCGCGGUAGCGGCAGCGAGAGAAGCUGUGAGGCGGCGGAGGCGGCCGGGAGGAACAGGACCGCAUCUGCAGGCUGGCAAGCAUUCACAGCGAUCAAAGAGGCGGCUGUGAUCUUGCAGCGUCUGGUUUAUUUCUCCCCCCAUCCCUAACAGUUGCCAUGAAGACAGACUAGAGAAUCAUAAAUAAAGGAAAGAAGGCACAAGUUGCAUGAGGGAAAAGCAGAUCCCAAGGUCUUUGCCAUCAACCUAACAGGAUUAUCCCAAGAACAGUGGAAAAAAAGAGUUCUCGGUGCUGGCUGGGCCUAGAACCGAUGGCAGACAAUGUCUACAACUAACAACAUAGCCCAGGCCAGGAAGCUGGUUGAGCAGCUGCGCAUCGAAGCUGGCAUCAACAGGAUAAAGGUCUCCAAAGCAUCCUCCGAGCUAAUGAAUUACUGCGAGCAGCAGGCCAGGAACGACCCUCUGCUGGUUGGCGUUCCGGCCUCCGAGAACCCCUUCAAGGACAAGAAGCCGUGCACCAUCCUAUAGCUUGGCCCUCGCCUGCAUGUUUGCCCUCUGUCUCUCUGUCUCUCUCCCAGGCAAGGCGCUGGCCUGCACCGAUCUAAAGCCGAGUCGAGCAGACUUUCAAAACUGUGCAGAGGGGUAAGAAGGACUGGGAGCUCAGGCUUAGCCAAGGCAGUCCGCAAAAACUUCUCAAAACAAAAAAAAAUAUCUAAAAAGCGUUCGCAAAUCCAAGGUUUACCUCUGAUCUGGAGAAGGGUUCCAAUUUUAAAAACAAAGCCAGUGUCCUGGUUAAAGGGAGGGAGGUCUGGGGGGGUGGGGGGGCAUCUGUUUUUAAUAUAGUGCUGGAGAGGUGGGGCCAAGCUUGGAUUCACAGCCACUGACUUUGCUUUGAUCUGGCCUCUUGUCUUGAGAGACGAGACCAGAGUCGGGCAUGUGUGCGUGUGUGUUUUGUUGUACAAAAAAAAAUGUUUUCAAAUAACUGAAUUUGUGCCAUAGAGGCGAGCCAGAGGGAAAUGGGGCAUAGAAAACACAGGAGCCAUAUUUCGAGGGGGCCAUCGCAUGAAAAUCAUGACACUUUCUGUCCGUUCUCAGGAGCGGUGCAUGGCUGGGAAUCCCCUCGUGACUGUACAGUGUCUGUAAACAGGAAUAAAGGCUGUGACGUUGCAUGGGGGCGGGGAGAAUUGGCCGGCGACCUGUUCCUUAGUAAACCCUGUGGCCUCAUGGGAGAGAGGAUCCAGUUUCAAGAAGCAAAGAGAUGGGAAAGAGGGUCCUAUGUUCGCUAUCAGAUCCCCUCUGGAGACCUUGGCGCUCCUUUUCCUCACUCCAUGUCGUAGUGCUGCUGGCUUUAUGGUCCCUUCUCCCCCGCCAAAUAGAUGGCGCAGGUAAUUCUCUCCCACAGACCCGCCCCCCGCCUUUAAUUUUCUUCCCUUGUCCUACCAACUCCUUCCUAUCUUAAGAACCCCUUCCUUCAUUACAUCGAUCUGCAUCGAGCUAAAUCAAGAAGGCCCACAGUUUGCAUUUUCAUGUGGCAUUCGGUAAUGUGAAACUUCCUUUGCAAAGAAGGGCAAUGCCUGCACAGGCCAGCUGUGCUUUGAGAAGUCCAGCUAGCAAUAGAGAAGGGAGACUCUUGGCUAGUCCUAUCCCAUACAGUGGAAGCAACCUGACCAACUGGUUGCCUCUUUGCUGAAGUCCAGCAUCGUUUUGAAGGUCCUGUUUUAUUUACGGAUGGGAGGAGCCCAUCUUGGCCCAUUUCGGGGUGGGGGGGGCGGGCAGAUAGCCUCGUUGUUAGGCUCUCUCGCUGCUUGCUAGCUUGUGAGCAACAGGCCUUUCUUUACUUCCUUUUCUCUGCAUUGUUGAGAUGAGUCCACAUCUUCCACCAUCCUGUGAUGGGUGCUCUGGCUCACAGUCAGGCGACAGACCACCUCAAACGAGAAAGCCUCAGGCCAGCUUCCUGGUUAAUCAAAUGCACGUCUCACACUGGGAUAGAACCCCGACAGGUGAAGAUCGUGUCUGUAGUAGCCGAAGUCGUAGGCGGCAUGAGGUUAGUAGAAGGGUGGAGAUGUCCCAGUCUGCCUUGGUCCCAAAUGAGCGGGGCAGGGGAAGGGACUGAAGAACCUUUGCCUGUCUUUGUGGACCCUCUUGGAUAUCGUUCUCCCUUCGAUUUUCAUAGCCGGGUGUCUCGAGAGGAUAUUCCUCGGUCCCUUCUCUAGCCAGGCUGAGCCAGUGGAAUGAGCUGAGCUGCUUAGCAGAUGCCCUCUUGGCAGCAUGAGAGGUGAGGGGCCGAUGGAAAUGGCAACAUCUCAAGCCCAUCUUAAGGCAUGGGCGGGGUCCGCUCUCCCAAGUACCCCAGAGGUUAAAUUUGACGAGAGCGGGCAAGGCUUGGUUUGAAGGUUUGACCUCCAGUCAGGUAGGAGAAAAAGCUCCUGACUCAAUACUGUCCCAUAGAGGACCAGUCGGUCGUGGUCUGAUUUUGGUCAGCUUUGCAGCCCCGUUGCGUCACUCUGCUUGGCACGGGAGCAUUUGCUUUGUUGACAAGAGUGGCAUUUGAGGCCUCGCCGGGAGGUUCCUUGGACCAGAACAGCCCAUGUUCUAAAAUAUUCCCUGAAACAUAUCUUGGUUUGCCUCCCUCUGCGGCUACUCCUGAGAAUUCAGCAGGUGCCACUUUUCCUCUAGAGGUGCUAGCCAUUCUCACUCUCUCCCCACACACCCCCUCCCCAUCAGCCUUUUAAAACACACCUGACCAUUGCCAGCCAGUCGGUUCACAAUUCCUCCGGAGGGAGGUCUUUGGAACCAGUCAGCACAGCCUGUUUUCACUGUUGUCAGGAGGACGAAAGCAGUUUGGUGCGGGUUUGCAGUCUUUCCUCCUUAGCGAGGUGCGAGGUGCCCCAGAGAAGGCUUUGUCUCCUGCCAGCCUUAACCCCUCUUCCGCCAGGCAAGGUGCUACCAGGGAAAGAGCCCACUGGCCCGUGAACUCCAGGCUGGCUUCCUCCAGGGCGCCGUGUCUGACGCCCUCGCAGCUGGAAGAGCAGGUACCAAAGCAGGACGGCCGGAAACUCGUUCGUGGGCCCGGCAUUUUCAUUCGUUGUUUCUCCCCAGGCUAUCUGCCACCCUGGUCACCCCAACCAAGUCGCUAGACCGAAGGCCAAGCGGGCUGGGGUUCGUUCCCCACCUGUCCCCUCUCGCACUGCUGGAGAGAGGGUUACCCGGCUGCUUGCCCAGGAGACUACAACUAACACUGGCCAAUCUCAGUCUGUGUGAGGUGAACACCCCCGUCCCCCAGACUGAGCGGGCUGCAUUUUGUGGGAGCAGGAGGGGCUCUCGGUGGCGUUUUCCAGACACUGCAUGGAAAGGAGAGCAGGGUGCCCCGAUAGGAGGAGGGGGAUAAUAAAGAAUCCCUUUUUUCGGGAUUUUGAAAAAAAUGAGGACAUUGGAGGACAGUGAUCAACGAAGAGAAGAAGGGAGCCAUCUCCAGGCAAAACAAAGGCGAGGAUGCAAACGGUGCAGAGGGUUUGUGACCAUUUUUACAGCCCUCUGGGUCGUUUGUUUCCUGGCCUUUGGCAUUGUAAGGCCAAGUAGUCCAUCGCAUACGCCCUUUGGAGCUGCCCUUCUUUGGCUGAGCUGGGCAAAAUGAUGGUUGAAGGGACAGGGACCAGAGAGACAGACCCUUCCCUUUCCACUAGGGUAAGCGGCUUGUCUUGCUAAAUAUGCAGCAAAGCAGUCCCCCAACCACCAGGCGUGUAGAAUCGCAGGCUGCAACCGCCUGCGACCUGUGCUUGCAGCAAACCAGUUGGACAACGGGGCCAUAUAUCUCUGAGGCUUUAUCAUGGGUGGGUACGAGGCAGCAGGGCUGGGAAACAUGGCCUUGACUGACUGGUGACUUUUGGGGCAGGGAUGUUAGGGAGCGAGGCAGGGCCCCCAAAUCCUUCACUCCCUUGCUUUUUAAAAUGAACUUCCCUUAGAUCAGUGGUCUGCAACCUGCGACUUUCCAGAUGUUCACGGACCACAGCCCCUGAUGGGAUUUGUAGUCCAUGAACAUCUGGAAAGCCGCAGGUAGCAGACCCCUGCCUUAGAUGAAUUCAAUGCCUGACUGUGAUUUGUGGAUUUUGUGUUCCUUUUCUUUUAUAUAAGUACAGAGUUAACAGUAGCAGCUUUGCUCUUUGUGUGUCUCUCCAGAACAACACAGAGAACUAGGAACCCCUUUCUGGACCUUUUUUAAGUGCUGUGUAAGGUGGAAAGGCAGAAAAGCAGAGCAGGGUGUCUGUGCCAAUGCCAGGAGAUUUGGGGUGUGUGGGUGUUCCUCCUAGAGUUCAGGGUCUCCAGCUUUCUUUGGAAGACCGUUUCAGUUUGGAUGUCAGCACACUUCCACUCGGGAACUUACAGACUUGCUCCAAAGAAAGAGAGAGAGAAAGAAAAUGGCCGAAUCCCUUCUUUCCAGUCUCCGGUUGGAGCAGAGGGAGCCAUUUUGCGCACAUGACUUUCAUAACUCGGAUUGGGCCCGCACUUUAUCCUAUGAAAGUCACAAGAAUGGCUUGGAAAGCCAUUCUUGUGUACAGAACAAUUGCCUCUCGCUCUUUCCCUCUUUCCGCUGCAAGGCCGCUUGGACUUGCUUACAGAGCAAAAGGGGGAACUCGAAUAACUGUGGAGAAGUCAAUUUGGGGGAAAGGUGGGUGGGCCAGAGAGAAGCUACACCCCUCUUAACUUUUUCUGUCCUCCACAAGUGCUAAAGGUAACAGGCCCCCCCCCCCCCCCCUUACACUGUCUACUUUUGCAUCCGGCCAUACAACUUGCUUAGCUGUGAAUUAUGCCUUUUCUCUGCUUUGUUGCUUUCUUCAGGAGAGGAGGCCAAGUCCUCCCCACCCCACCCCUGCUCUGGCACAUAAAACCAAGGCAAGGGCUGUCUCCAGCCCACCCCAAGCUGAGCAAGAUUCCCUGUCCUCUUUACCUGCGAGGCUCUCUCAGGAGAUCCAGGCCUUACGCAGGCCCGCCCGCCCUCUACAGAUACUAACUUCUCUUUCUCCUUUGCCAAAACUCAACGAGUACUUAAAAAGUCAGCCUUCUGUUGUUUUUAUUUAACAAGGUAAAAACAAAACCACACCUACAUUCAUUUCAUGUUCUUUCAGGAAAGAAAUUGCCAGCUUCGUGUUGGAUAUUUUGUGCUCUUAAUUUCUCCUUCCCUCUCUUUCUCUCUCUGGUUUAUUGUUCUCCUUUGCCAAAUCCUGAUAUCGUUGCCAAAAGCAAAUCGAAGUUUAUAAAGACUGUAUCUUAGGAAAGUUUUUAAAAAAAAUCUGUGUAUGUAAUUGUAGGCUUGAUCAUCUUUCUCCUUUCCCCCCCUCCUUUUUUAAUUUUAUAAUUUCUUCAUAUUUCCAGUGUGCCAUAGACCAAUUUUCUUGCACAGUGUUUAAUAUUUUGUGGAAUUGCUGUUUUAAAAAAAAAAGUGAAUUGAUAACACACCAAAUUAAAAAAAAACCCUCACUUUU